AUGGCAAGCAGUAAAGAGACCAGUGACAUCUCACCCACCUCUUCCGCGGAGAACGGUCAGGAUGACGAGAUCACUCCCCUCAGAUCCCCGAAGUUGGAGCGCGAAGAUAGCAGCUCUUUCGAGCAGAUGGACCCCGAGCGCAAGGCUGAAUUGACCCGCAUAGCCUCGAACUUUCCACCUGCCUUUUCCCGGCGUCAGACUGUCGAUUCGGGCGUUGGCGCGUCGAGCAUCGAACGGAAAGAUACUGUUGAAAACUUGGAGAUGAGCGACCCCAUUCUAGAUCCAACCAGUGAUCAGUUCGAUCACAAUAAGUGGGUUCGAAAGGUGCUCAGGCUUCUGGACAAAGAGGGCAUUCCCCGGCCACCUUCGACGGGUAUCGUUUUCCAGAAUCUGAAUGUAUCUGGCUCAGGGUCUGCCCUACAAUAUCAGAGCACCGUGGCUUCGCUGCUGCUGGCUCCUCUUAGGCCACAAGAUCAUUUGGGCUUCCUGCGCCACUCUCCAGAGAAACACAUCUUGCGUGAUUUCGACGGACUGCUGAAAAGUGGCGAGCUCCUGAUAGUCCUGGGUCGGCCUGGGAGCGGAUGUUCAACCCUCCUGAAGUCAUUGUGCGGCGAACUGCAUGGACUGAAGCUGCGCAAGAGCUCCGAGAUUCAGUACAAUGGUAUCUCAAUGGAAAAGAUGCACAAGGAGUUUAAAGGAGAGGUGCUUUACAAUCAAGAGGUCGACAAGCACUUUCCUCAUCUCACUGUCGGGCAAACACUGGAGUUUGCGGCAGCAGCAAGAGCUCCUGAAGUACGCUUGCGUGAGAUCAGUCGACAGCGAUAUGCCAAGUACGUUACGCAGGUUGCAAUGUCUAUAUUUGGUCUAACGCACACCUACAACACAAAAGUUGGCGAUGACUAUAUCCGAGGAGUCUCGGGAGGAGAGAGGAAACGCGUCAGCAUCGCUGAAAUGGGAUUGUCGGGAGCACCUUUCGGGGCCUGGGACAACAGCACUCGAGGGUUAGAUUCGGCGAGCGCGCUCGAAUUUGUGAAGGCGCUACGGGUCAGCUCCGAUCUAGUAGGUACCUGUCAUGCGGUUGCAAUCUAUCAGGCAUCUCAAGCGAUCUACGAUGUCUUUGAUAAAGCCAUUGUCCUCUAUGAAGGCCGGGAGAUCUACUUUGGGCCGUGUAGCAAAGCAAAAGACUACUUUGUCAACAUGGGCUGGAAUUGCCCUCCACGCCAAACGACGGGCGAUUUCUUAACGUCCGUGACCAACCCACAGGAGCGUCAAGCACGAGAGGGGAUGGAAGGCAAGGUGCCUCGGACUCCAGAUGAAUUUGAAUCGUAUUGGAAGAAAAGCCCUCAGUAUGCCAGGCUACAGGAAGAAAUCGAGCAACAUUUGAAAGAAUUCCCGUUGGGUGGACAAGCAGAACAGAAGUUUCAGGAGAUGAAGCAUGUGAGACAGGCAAAACAUGUCCGACCAAAGAGCCCUUAUGUCAUCUCGAUUCCUACGCAGGUUAAGCUCUGCACGAUUAGAGCCUACCAAAGAAUCUGGAAUGACAAGCCCUCGACCUUAACAAAUGUCCUUGGCCGAAUUGCAAUGUCCCUCAUCAUUGGCUCAAUGUACUUCGGAACACCAAAUGCCACGGCGGGCUUUCAGAGCAAGGGAGCGGCCCUUUUCUUCGCAGUUCUAAUGAAUGCUCUUAUCAGUAUUACAGAGAUCAACUCGCUUUAUGAUCAACGUCCUAUUAUCGAGAAACAAGCCUCUUACGCAUUUGUGCAUCCCUUUGCCGAAGCAUUCGGUGGUAUUGUGUCCGAUAUUCCCGUCAAGUUCGUCUCCGCUGUCGUUUUCAAUAUCAUCUUCUAUUUCCUCGCUGGCCUCCGAUAUGAACCAUCGCAGUUCUUCAUAUUUUUCCUGUUCACCUUUUUAAGCACGCUUGCAAUGUCCGGCAUUUUUCGCACUCUCGCAGCAGCAACAAAGACUCUAGCACAGGCCAUGGCUAUGGCUGGUGUCAUGGUUUUGGCCAUUGUCAUCUAUACUGGAUUCGUCAUCCCCACCCCUCAGAUGUCAGACAUUCCGUGGUUUAGCUGGAUCCGAUGGAUAAACCCAGUUUACUACACCUUUGAAGCUUUGAUAGCCAACGAGUUUCACGGGAGGCGGUUCACGUGCUCGGGGUUUGUGCCGGCUUACCCUACUCUGAGUGGAGAUUCAUUCAUCUGUGCUGUCCGGGGCGCUGUCGCAGGAGAGCGGACUGUCUCUGGAGAUGCUUACAUUGAAACCCAGUACAGUUAUACAUAUGCACACGAAUGGAGGAACCUAGGGAUUCUGAUUGGCUUUUAUAUCUUCUUUACUGGUUUGUAUCUGGUGGCAACUGAGAUCAACUCUUCUACCUCUUCCAAGGCCGAAUUUCUGGUUUUCCGGCGAGGUCACGUACCUCCGCAUAUGCGCGGUCUCGACAAAAAGUCACAAGCCGAGGAAGGCACCGCAGAUGGGGCUCUGGCUCAUAGAUCGGCCGAAACCGAGAAAGAUACCUCUGCACUUCCAGAGCAACAUAGCAUAUUCACGUGGCGAAAUGUUUGUUAUGACAUUCCCGUUAAGGGGGGCGAGCGGCGCCUCCUCGACCACGUCUCCGGAUGGGUCAAGCCUGGAACCCUCACGGCUUUGAUGGGUGUCUCAGGAGCUGGCAAAACCACCCUACUAGACGUACUAGCAAAACGUGUCUCUAUCGGAGUUGUCACCGGUGAGACUUUGGUGGAUGGCAAAACGCUUGACAGCAGUUUCCCCAGAAAAACGGGAUAUGUGCAACAACAGGAUCUGCACCUGCCUACAACAACUGUGCGAGAGGCGCUACGCUUCAGUGCGCUCUUGCGCCAGCCCAAGUCGGUAUCGAAGGCGGAGAAGUAUAAGUACGUUGAGGAGGUUAUCGAAAUGCUCAAUAUGCAGGAUUUUGCCAGUGCUAUUGUUGGAACGCCAGGUGAAGGAUUGAAUGUCGAACAACGCAAGCUGUUGACUAUCGGUGUCGAACUUGCUGCGAAGCCUGCCCUUCUCAUCUUCCUUGACGAGCCGACAAGUGGUCUCGACUCCCAGAGUUCAUGGGCCAUCUGCGCUUUCUUACGGAAGCUUGCAGAUCACGGCCAGGCAGUGCUUUCGACUAUUCAUCAGCCCAGCGCGCUCUUGUUUCAGGAAUUCGACCGUCUUCUGUUCCUGGCCAAAGGAGGGCGAACGGUCUACUUUGGGGAUAUCGGAGAUCAAUCCCGCGCCCUAUUGGACUACUUCGAAGCCAACGGUGCUAGGCCUUGUGGCUCCUCCGAAAAUCCCGCAGAGUACAUGCUUGAAAUCAUUGGAGCUGGAGCAUCUGGAAAGGCUACUCAAGACUGGGCCACGGUGUGGAACGACAGCCAGGAGGCGAGGAAUAUCCAAAAGGAGAUCGACAGGAUUUGUCAGGAGAGGUCCUCUGCUCCUGAGUCUCAAGACAACACCUCCCAGAAGAGCGAAUACGCCAUGCCUUUUGUCAACCAGGUUUGGCACGUAACGCAUCGAGUAUUCCAGCAAUAUUGGCGCGAGCCUGCUUAUGUUUGGGCCAAGCUCAUCCUUGCCACGGCUGCGUCUCUUUUCAUCGGCUUCACGUUCUUCAAACCAAACAGCACCCAACAGGGUUUCCAAGACGUUUUGUUCAGCGCCUUCAUGAUGACCUCGAUCUUCUCCACAUUGGUGCAACAGAUCAUGCCCAAAUUCGUCGUGCAGCGAUCUUUGUACGAGGUUCGAGAAAGACCGUCAAAGGCCUAUUCGUGGGCAGCCUUUCUGAUCGCCAAUGUCCUUGUUGAGAUACCCUAUCAAGUACUUGCAGGGAUUAUCGCAUGGGCAUCGUACUAUUAUCCAGUCUACGGAGCCAACCAGGCAUCCGCGCGCCAAGGACUCAUGCUGCUCCUCAUCACCCAGUUCUACGUCUUCACCUCGACGUUCGCAUCCCUGGUCAUCUGCGCCUUACCUGACGCGGAGACCGGAGGUUCCAUCGCCACGCUACUGUUCAUCAUGGCUUUGACUUUCAACGGUGUGAUGCAGGCUCCCUCGGCUCUCCCAGGGUUCUGGAUCUUCAUGUACAGGGUCUCUCCCCUGACGUACCUCAUUGCCGGCAUCACGGCGACGGGGUUACAUGGACGAGCGAUCCGGUGUUCCAGCGAGGAGAUGAGCAUUUUCAAUCCUCCUUCCGGCCAGACGUGCGGGCAGUACAUGGCUCAGUACCUCCAGGUUGCUCCGGGGCAACUGUACAACCCCACCGCGACACAGGCAUGUCAGUACUGCCAGUUGCGAAACGCCGAUCAAUACCUUGCCUCCAGUAACAUCUACUACAGCGAGCGCUGGCGAAACUAUGGUAUUGGCUGGGCGUACAUUGGCUUUAACGUCCUCGGCACCGUCGCCUUGUACUACAUGUUCCGGGUCAAGCACUACAAUCCGACGAGCCUGGUCCGGGGCAUCGUGGACGGCGCAAGGGUGGUCUGUCGGGUGUUCAAGCGUCGGUCCGGGCGUACACCCAAGGGCAGGGAGGCUGAGAAUGGAAGAUUGCUGUAAAAGUUCCAGUGUUUGUGUUUCCUGCUGUUUUGAGUCUCCGCGGUUGUCGCGGGUAUGCUCAGGCGUGUAAGUGCUCUG